AUGUAUAGAAUGUCAAUGAAAUUCAACGGUAUUAAUAAUAUUAUAAGUUUUGAGACAACGUUCUAUAAUUGAAUGGCAUACACUGGUUCUUUAUUAAUGUGAAAUAUAGCCGUUUCGUGUGCUGAGAUUCAAUGCUUGGAGUAAAUAUCGAACACAAGGAAAGGCACGGCUCUUGAGGAAUUCCUCGGAUGUCCUUUCGUGGACGCAAGUUGUUAACUUGGCGACUCACUGAGAAUCCCGCCCGCGGCUAAUUAAAUAGUCCGUUAUUUGCGAUGCAAUAUAACUUGAACUAGCUAAAGCAAGAGUAUUUACUGCACGCUUAAUUAUUCAUUACACGUGCUACGAUAACUUCAGUUUGCACGCCAAUCCAGAGUGAGAUUUUCGGUUUGCACAGAAAAACUGAACGUUCAAGUUGAUGAGACUUUUUCAGCGAUAGUGACAGACACUAUAAAUUAAUAAUAUGCUAAUAAUAUUAAUUUUAAUAAUAUUUAUUAAGUUGGAUAUUAUUUUCCGUCGGAUAUUAACUUUAUUUUUAUUUAACUUUAACAAUUAAAUUCUUUUCUUCUUCCCAGCGAAUUUAAAUCCUCUAACGUUUUUUUUCAAUUCUAUCUUUCUAUCUUUAAACGUAAUUUAAUAAUAUAGAAAGUGUUCUGAACGACUGACAUAUAAAUAUGAGGCCGCGUCAUUGAUUUUCACUGCCGAUACUAAAAAGUCCUGGAUACUAUUAUAGAAGUUAUCGCAUAAAAAUAAUCGUUUGUUUCGUUUCAGUGCCUCAAAUGAUUAAACAAGACCCAACGGUGAUGUCCUGGGGACUCUGGAUCAGCACCCUAACGACCACCUCGGCAGCACUUGUCACCGCUGGCUUGGCUGCUUUACUCGCCGUUUUAAACACAGCCACUUCCCCCAGUGUUAAUGUGCAUGGCGAGUACGAGCACUUGGCUAGCUCAGUAUUACACGAAGCUAUACUUCAACGUGCUUCCGAAGGAGGACAUCGACAAUAUGUGGACCAGCGAAGGUUCCGCGGAGCUUGGUUAUUCAUUUUGGUAAGAGACUUUUCAUUCUGCUCGAUAUAGCGUGGAUGCAUUCACAGUAGAAUACCUCGACCAAGCUUCAUCGAUGAUCUCGCAUUUUUGUACUUGUUGGCAAGUUUUAUGCAGGCCAUGCUCGAUAUUGUGAAUGUUUUUUCGAUUUUCAGCGCUUUCAAAUCGCGAGAAAUGAAUGCGAAUUAUAA